UGUCUUCAGCCUGACCAAGCUUUUCGGGUUGGUAGGCUUUUACGCCACAUCGGCAUCCGAGUUGAGCAAAUCACGACACAAACGUGAUGCUGCCCAUAGUUAACGUAGGCUGAUCGUUAGAUUCACUUGUUAAUCAGAAAAAUCAGAAAGGUUGUUGAAGUGUUGAUGGUGGAAUGUCUCGUUGUGCUGAUAUGCGAUAGUCAACAAUAUGGUGUGUGGUUCACUCACUGCAGCGUGGUCAAUAAUAAGCUAGCUAGCACUAUUUCUUCUGCGCCUGGAACAUAGUUGUAAUUUAAUGCGUUGUGUCAUAGGACGCUAGUUAGUCGCAUCAGUCAUGUCUAGGUUUGUCCCGCAAACUGAGAGCCGAGAAUUGCUGCAAGCUACCAUGCUUAGCAAUAGCUGCUGCUUUUGACAACCUAUGGCUUUGCAGAAAGCUGACACCAUGACGGCGAAGGAGACGAUCAACAUCAAAGAGGUGGAGAUCAUUAAGCUGAUUUUGGACUUCCUCAACUCCAAAAAGCUCCACAUCAGCAUGCUGGCCCUAGAAAGAGAGAGUGGGGUCAUCAACGGCCUGUAUUCUGAUGAUAUGCUUUUCCUGAGGCAAUUGAUAUUGGAUGGCCAAUGGGAUGAGGUCCUACAGUUCAUUCAGCCGCUUGAAAGCAUGGAUAAGUUUGACAGAAAAAAGUUCCGAUACAUUAUUUUAAAGCAGAAGUUUCUGGAAGCCCUGUGUGUGAACAAUGCCAUUGCUGCUGCCGAUGAUCCUCAGACUCUGGAGCUCACCAUGCAGGAGGCAGUGAAGUGCCUGCACUCCCUGGAGGAGUUCAGUCCCACCAAGGAGGACCACAGCAAGCUCUGCCUGCUCCUGACGCUGCCCCGCCUCACCCACCACGCCGAGUUCAAAGACUGGAACCCCAGCACGGCGCGCGUUCACUGCUUCGAGGAGGCCUGCGUCAUGGUGGGCGAGUUCAUCCCGGCCGACCGCAAGCUGAGCGAGGCCGGCUUCCGGGCCAGCAGCAACCGGCUCUUCCAGCUGCUCAUCAAGGGCGUGCUGUACGAGUGCUGCGUGGAGUUCUGUCAGAGUAAGGCCACGGACGAGGAGAUCAGCGAGGGCGAGGUGCUGCUGGGCGUCGACGUGCUUUGCGGCAACGGCUGCGACGACCUGGACCUGAGCCUGCUGUCGUGGCUGCAGAACCUGGCGCCGGGUGUGUUCGCGUGCGCCUUCGAGCAGAAAACGCUCAACAUCCACGUGGACCGGCUGGUGAAGCCUGUGCGCACAGGCCACGCGGACCUGCUCACGCCACUCAUCAGCAAGCUGUCGCCGUGCCCGGCCUCACCGCUGCGGCGCCCUCAGUCGGCCGACACGUACAUGUCGCGGUCGCUUGCGCCUGCGCUCGACGGCCUGUCUUACGGCCUGACAGGGAAGGGUGAGAGGAAGGAGGCGGAGGCCAGUGGGAAGGGGGAAGCCAUGUCACGCUCCUUCGCCAGUUACGGGUGUCAAGGGGGAGGACCCAACGUCACGAAAACCCUCCUGGAUAACACUGUCUUUCAGGAUUCUACUGAUAGCUGUAGGACACAAGCAUCAGUGUGUUCGGGUCCCAACGGCACACGUCCACCUCUAGCACCAGGUAGAGAUGGAGGACCAGCAAACUCUGUUGAUGGGGAUGAGCCUUGCGACUCGGCGGAGCAGCUGCAGGAGUACCAGCGGCAGCGCCUGCGCGUGCAGCAGCACCUGGAGCAGAAGCAGCAGCAGAAGCAGCUCUACCAGCAGAUGCUGCUGGAGGGAGGCGUGCACCCGCCCCGUGGGCCCCAGGAGGCGCAGCAGAACCUCACAGAGAAGUUCCUCAGCAGGUCCAUCCAGAAGCUGGGGGAGAUGAAUAUGGGGAUGGACAACCUGGUGGAGGAUGUGCAGUCUUUGACCCAGCAGUGUAACGGUACCACAGCCAAAACAACCACCCCUGCCCCCCCUGUCCAGUCCACCCAGGCUGGCACUAUCCAGACACCUGAGACUGGGGAUCCAGGACAGGGGAAGGCAGGUGUGGUAAGCAGCACCCCACAGAGAGAAGGUGGUAGGGCCAUGCCGUCACUGGAUGAGUCCCCAGUUCCGCAGACCCAAAGUGGUCAGAAGGAUGGGGCAAAGAGGCCAGCUACCCAAGAUCAUACCUCUCCUGUAAAGAAAUGUGUCCAGGAGGACGACCAUCCCAGGUCCCAGUUUGUAGCUGUGAGUACCUUGGAGGACACGCAGGCUGUGCGGGCGGUGGCGUUCCACCCCUCCGGGGGACUCUACGCGGUGGGUUCCAACUCCAAAACUCUGCGGGUGUGUGUUUACCCAGACGUCCUUAAGGGAAGGGAGACCGGCCCAGCCAGAGAGCCUGAGGUUUGCUUCAAGAGGAUAAAGCAUCACAAAGGCUCCAUCUACUGUGUGGCAUGGAGUCACUGCGGUCAGCUGCUGGCCACUGGCUCCAAUGACAAGUGUGUGAAGGUGCUGCCUUUCAACGCUGACACUUGCAAUGCCUCAGGGCCUGACCUGGAGUUCAGCAUGCACGAUGGCACCAUCAGAGACCUGACCUUCAUGGAGGGCCCGGAGAGCGGGGGGGCCAUCCUGGUCAGUGCCGGAGCCGGGGACUGCAACAUUUAUACCACUGACUGCCAGAGGGGCCAGGGUCUGCACGCGCUCAGUGGCCAUACUGGACACAUCCUGUCUCUGUACUCGUGGGGAGGCUGGCUUAUCGCCUCAGGCUCCCAGGAUAAGACGGUCCGAUUCUGGGACCUGCGUGUUCCCAGCUGUGUACGCGUGGUGGGAACAGCACUGCACGGCUCAGGUAGUGCUGUGGCAUCGGUGGCCGUGGACCCUAGUGGUCGUCUCUUAGCCACCGGUCAUGAGGAUAGCAGCUGCAUGCUGUAUGACAUCAAAGGAGGCCGGACGGUGCAGACGUACCGACCUCACAGCAGCGAUGUGCGGUCAGUCCGUUUCUCCCCAGGUGCUCACUACCUGCUCACUGGCUCCUACGAUGGCAAAGUGAUGGUCACAGACCUGCAAGGUGAUCUGACCAAGCCACUCCCGGUGACGGUGGCAGGUGAACACGUUGACAAGGUGAUCCAGUGCAGGUGGCACCCGCAGGACCUCGCCUUCCUCUCCUCUUCAGCAGACAGGACUGUCACACUGUGGGUGCACGACUCCUGAGUAGGAGGUGGCCACUGCUGCUGACUGAGUGUACAGUGACAAUGUGUGUGAGAGAGGGACAGAGAGCGAAAGCAGCAGGAGGAGAGUCAAUGGAUCGGAGCAGAGAGAGCUGAGUGGAAAAGCACAAAGACUGGAAUCCUCCCAUCACCCCCCUGCCCCCUGUGCUGAAGGGCCCCUGUAAGCUUGCAUAUUAAAUGAAGGACAAAAAGCCUGCUUCCAGGAAUAUUACAAGGUCUGUCUGUGUUUAUGUCAUGAGUGAGUGAGACGGUAUGCAUUGAAGAGAAUAGUAUGAACAGAAAAUCUAAACUGACAUUUGUAAAGACUUAACUAUCUAUUGACUAUAAAUAAAUAUGGGUGGGUGAAAUACUGAGAGUCUUGAUGAUGAUGGAGUAACAGUGACAUUAAAAUUGAAACGGCAAGAAUGUAUUUGCAUUGUAAAUAUGAACUAUAUGCUCUAGGCGCUUCUUCUGCAUGAGCUCCAGGUUGGCUAACUUUAAUCUGCUGAGGCAUUGCAGCCUCAAGUAUGUUCUACAUUGGACAGCUCACUUACUGUAUCAUCAGAGCAACAUUCUGUUUCACUGGAGUUGCAUGUCUGUGAAUUCAUUAGAAGUCUCACAAGUAUUCACAUCAAACACACAUUGGUCAAAGCACUGCUUCAAUUUUGAGCUGUUCCUAACUGGUUUAGUAGACUAUAGGUCCGGUAAACCGUUAAUUCUUUUUGAACUACAUGGUGCCUUGAGUAAGAAGUUCCACUGUUAUAGCAACGUCAAUAAAAUGUGUAAACUCUGCAAUAUUUGUUUGUGCAUUCUAGUAAUAAUAAGAGGUUGUGUCCAUCAUCACAUGUUAUUCAUUUAAAAAUCAUAUGGAAUUGCAAUUGCAUAUGGAAAGAUAGCAAAAGACAAGAAAACAAAAGAUUAGCCUGCUAAAUGUGGUUCUUACUUGAUUGUACUUGAUAGAUGAAUGCUCAUAUUUCAGUUAAUGCAGAGGAUAUGAAAUAUUGGAGUGUAUGGUCUGAUUUGAAAAGAUUGUGUAUGCCUACAUUAAUCAAUUAAAAGCCCUCUCCCUAGAAAAA